UUUGAAAUCCGGAAGUGUUUUGAAACAUUGUAGCAGCUUGACACAGCGAGAGCGCGUCUGUUCGCUUCUGUUUCUGUGUCUCGCGGAUUAUGAGAGCGCGGGAAGGAGGUGCUGAGGGCCGCGGGAGCUGAGUCGCCGUGAAUCAUCUAUAUGGGCCAUUUUCUCUCAAAAAAUGGUUACAGCCUGAAGAAGAAAUCACGGAAGCUGCGCAAGAAGAAGAGGAGGAGGAACUGCUUCCUUCAGGGUCCCUGCAUGCUGUGCUUCAUCGUGCACGGCACCAGCGGGAGCGUUGAGGACGACUGGCCCUUCGAGAGCGCGGUGGCAGCGGCUUCCAAACUCGCCGAGCGCUACGUGUCACUGAACUCGCCCGAGGAGUGCGCCAAGUUCCUCCUCUCUCCGGGAGAGCUGGCCGUUUGGGAGGGCCAGGGUCGGAGUCUGCUCUCCAAGCUGAUCGGGCCCCCGGCGCUGUUCUGUGCCGCGGACUAUUCGGAAAUGGUGUGCAAGCGCAAGUGUGCUGAGCUGCAGCGGUGUACGCCCCGCAAGCAGCCUCGCUGUGCCUUCCAGGAGACCAUGGAGAACGGAGAGGAGCGAGGAGACAGCCGGUGCCUCCUCCCUUCGCUGCCUUCAUCCUCCUCUUCUUCCUCUCCUUCAGAGGAGGAUGGCUCCGGCGCGGGGCGGCAUACAGACGCGGGCUCCGCCGCAACCUCCUCUUCCUCCUCUUCCUCCUCCUGCUGCUGUCAGCUGUCCCAAAACGAGAGCUCGGAGGAGGCAAAGAGCGCUGAAAGUACAGACACGUCCCACAUUAACCAGCUGCCCUCAUCGAUACUGCUCAAGGUGUUUUCUCACCUGUCGGUGAAGGAGAGAUGUCUGGGUGCUUCUCUGGUCUGUAAGUACUGGCGCGAUCUCUGCUUAGACUUCCAGUUCUGGAAACAGAUUGAUCUCAGCGGCCUCCAGCAGGUUAAAGACGACCUCCUGGUGAAGAUCGCGUCCCGGAGGCAGAACGUCACUGAGAUCAACAUCUCCGACUGCCGUAACGUUCAGGAUCACGGCGUUUGCUCUCUGGCGUCUAACUGUCCCGGUCUGAUCAAAUACACGGCGUACCGCUGUAAGCAGCUCAGCGACGUGUCUCUGUGCACCGUGGCCAUCCACUGCCCGCUCCUGCAGAAAGUGCAUGUCGGCAACCAGGACAAACUCACUGACCACGCUCUCAAACUGUUGGGCGAACACUGCAAAGAGCUGAAGGACGUGCAUUUCGGCCAGUGCUACAGCAUCAGUGACGAGGGUCUGGUGGCGCUGGCGCAGGGCUGCAGCAAACUACAGAGGAUCUACAUGCAGGAGAACAAACUGCCACUGGAGGUCAGUGUUGUUCCUCUAAUGAGAAAACACCGUGUGGUUUUGCGAGAAGUGCUUUAUAACAGACCUUUGGAGAUGAAUUGUAAUAAAACAGGACUCGUGAUACCUAAUAAUAAUAUUGUACACUGCAAAGAGCUGAAGGACGUGCAUUUCGGCCAGUGCUACAGCAUCAGUGACGAGGGUCUGGUGGCGCUGGCGCAGGGCUGCAGCAAACUACAGAGGAUCUACAUGCAGGAGAACAAACUGGUGACGGAUAAAUCGGUGCAGGCGUUUGCGGAGAACUGUCCGGAUCUGCAGUUCGUGGGCUUCAUGGGUUGUUUGGUGACGUCUCAGGGCGUCAUUCACCUCACCCAGCUUCAGCACCUGAGCAGUCUGGACCUGCGGCACAUCUCUGAGCUCAACAACGAGACUGUGAUGGAGGUGGUGAGAAAGUGCAGGAACCUGACGUCCCUCAACCUCUGCCUCAACUGGACCAUCAACGACAGGUGUGUGGAGAUCAUCGCUAAGGAGGGUCGGAGUCUGAAGGAGCUCUAUCUGGUGUCCUGCAAGAUCACAGAUCACGCGCUGAUAGCCAUCGGUCAGUACAGCAGCAGCAUUGAGACGGUGGACGCCGGCUGGUGUAAGGAGAUCACGGAUCAGGGAGCCACUCAGAUCGCCAGGAGCAGCAAGUCUCUGCGGUACCUGGGCCUGAUGCGCUGUGACAAGGUGAACGAGGAGACGGUGGAGAGACUGGUGCUGCAGUAUCCACACAUUGUGUUCAGUACAGUGAUGCAGGACUGUAAGCGAACGCUGGAACGAGCCUAUCAGAUGGGCUGGAGCCCCAACACAUCCACGGCCUCCUAACACACACACACACACACACACACGCCUGAACGUGAUGCCACCGCAGAAUCAUUAUCGUUACUAUGCCGUUUAUUCCACCUUACAACAUUAUGCACCAUGAACAUCAAUAUUAUUUGAUUUGAGCACAAAUAUGUUCAUGCACACAUGAUUCUGACAUGCAGCGCUGCAUUUCUUUGCAUUUGCAACCUACUGAAUUGCACUAAACGCGUCAGGAGCUUAUAUUUUACUCUAAAAAUCGAUAGAAAGAAAUAAGACAUUUUGUUUUGCAUUUUGCACGAGGAGAAAACGUUUUUUGGCCCACAUGAUUUUUGCAUCGUGACAUUUCCCUGCAGCUCUCAUUAUCGUGACUCAUCUAGACAUUUGUCUUUUCUGAUUUGUUUGUUAUUCUCAUUAUCAUCAGACGUGAUUUUCAUUAGAUUCUCAUUAUUGAAACACACUCAUUUUACUGCAGUACAAGGGAAAUUUCUGUAAUUUUGUAAAAAAAGAAGCAUAAAAUAAAUAUGGUACACAUGCAACUACGAUGUAGAAAUACUGCUAAUUAGGUAAUAUUGUAAUUACGCUGCAAAAAAAUUAUUUUUUUUAUCAGUAUUUUUGACUUGUUCUACAGUACAAAUAUCUAAACAUUCUUAAGUCAAGAUACGUUUACUUCAAAAGCAAAAUUACGUAAGAUA